CUCGGCGCGUCCCUUCCGUCCGGCCUGCGCCGGCGGCGGGGAGGCGGCGUGCGGCCCGCAGCCCGCCCAUGGAGGCUUUUCCCUGGGCGCCCCGCUCGCCCCGCCGUGGCCGCGCCCCCGCGCCCAUGGCGGUCGUGCCCAGUGCCCGCUACGUGAGUGCCCAGGGUCAGGCGCACCCGCAGCCCUUCAGCUCGUGGAACGACUACCUGGGGCUCGCUACGCUCAUCACCAAGGCGGUGGACGGCGAACCGCGCUUCGGCUGCGCCCGUGGCGAGGACGGCGGUGGCGGCUCCCCGCCCUCUUCGUCGUCCUCGUCCUGUUGCUCCCCCCACGCGGGGGCCGGGCCCGGGGGGCUGGGGCCGGCUCUGGGGCCGCCAGACUACGACGAGGACGACGACGACGACGACAGCGACGAGCCAGGGUCCCGGGGCCACUUCCUGGGGGGCGCGCUGGAGCUACGCGCGCUGGAGCUAUGCGCAGGCCCCGCCGAAAAUGGUCUGCUGGAGGAGCGCUUCGCCGAGCUGAGCCCGUUUGCAGGUCGCGCUGCCGCGGUGCUGCUGGGCUGCGCGCCCGCCGCCGCCACCACCCCCGAGGUGACGCCGCGAGAGGAGCGGGCCCCGGCGUGGGCGGCCGAGCCCCGACUGCAAGCUACCUCGGGGACAGCCGCCGCCCGGCUGCUCAAACCCGAGCUGCAGGUGUGCGUGUUCUGCCGGAACAACAAGGAGGCGGUGGCUCUCUACACCACCCACAUCCUGAAGGGCCCCGACGGGAGAGUGUUGUGCCCGGUGCUGCGUCGCUACACGUGCCCCCUGUGCGGCGCCAGCGGCGACAACGCGCACACCAUCAAGUACUGUCCGCUCUCCAAAGUGCCAGCACCGCCCGCCGCGCGUCUGCCGCCGCGCGGCGCUAGGGACAGCCUGCCAGGCAAGAAGCUGCGCUGAGGGCCCGGCGUCCAGUCUGCGGGCACCUGACGCUACUGCAUUCGCUGCCUGCCCUCCGUUUUGUUCUGCGAACGGUCUUUCCCUGUUUAUUGGUUGAGAUGCGGAGCUGUCAGCACUGGCUCAACCUGGAACGUCGUGAAGUCGGCUGUGCGGGAGUACUUCUGUCAAGCAGAUUGAGACUAGACGCUGAUUUUUUUUUUUUUUUUUUUUGGAGGGGGAUGGAUGAGGGGGACUGUUUCUAGUUUGCACACAUCCAGGACUGCGAAGAAGGCUGGAUGUGUAUUUCACUAAUUGAAUAUGGCAGCCGAGAGACGCUAUUUACUGUAUACGUCGACCUAUUUUAGAUGCGCGUCGGUAUGAAAUUAUCUCUAAUCUUGGGUGUUUCGUUUUAUGAAUGGAGGCACUUUACUAGGUCUAGUAUAUUUUUUUAAUAGCCUCUGAACUGAGCUUAAAACUGACAAUUUUAUGGAAUGUCAGCAAAAUGACUAUUUUAUUGUUUGAUGCGCUAUUUUAGUUGUCCUUAGUUAUAUUCUAAUUCCAGGUGAAGCAAUUAUAAGCAUUAUAAGAAGUGAAAUUUAGUUCUUUUCAGUAUUAAUUUGGGUGGGUAUUCCCUCCUUGUGGCUUGUUUCCGUCCUAACUGGAGGUGUAAAAUGCAGUCUGUAGCAGGUAGAAUACAGCUUCUUUUAUGUACCAGAUCUUUUAUUACUGAACUAGCAACUAGCCUUUUUCACCUUUAAAAACUGUGCCAAGUCAUAAUCAUAUUGUGUAUACACUUGGAGAUGGUGCUGUUUAAAAAAAAAAUUAUACAGUAUGAUUGCA